UUUCGUAGAUGAGGUACUAACGCUUAUUACUCACAGUAUUCUAUUUUCAAUUUGGGAGGUGUGGUUCAAAAAUUGAUAUGUAUUGUUUUAUAAUUUUGUACUGACAUCAAUCAAACUUAAAUAUAAUUUUUAUUUAAAAUAAAAUUAAUUUAUUUUAUUUUGAAAAUGGAUGGACUAUUACCUGCUUGUGUUAUUGAUGUGGGAACCGGUUAUACAAAACUGGGUUUUGCGGCAAAUAAAGAACCUCAAUUUAUCAUACCCUCAGCAAUUGCUAUUAAAGAAACUGCUAAAGUAGGUGACCAAUCUAGUCGUCGUUUGACAAAAGGCGUGGAAGAUCUAGAUUUUUAUAUUGGAGAUGAAGCGUUUGAUGCAACUGGAUAUGCAGUUAAGUAUCCAGUAAGACAUGGACUUGUUGAAGAUUGGGAUUUAAUGGAAAGAUUCUUAGAACAAUGUAUUUUUAAAUAUUUACGAGCAGAACCAGAAGAUCAUUACUUUUUGUUAACAGAACCACCAUUAAAUACACCAGAAAAUAGAGAAUAUACGGCUGAAAUAAUGUUUGAAUCAUUUAAUGUUCCUGGAUUAUAUAUAGCUGUACAAGCUGUUCUUGCUUUAGCAGCAAGUUGGGCUUCUAGGACAGUUACAGAUAGAACUUUAACUGGAAUUGUAAUUGAUAGUGGCGAUGGUGUUACUCAUGUUAUUCCUGUGGCUGAAGGAUAUGUAAUUGGAAGUUGUAUAAAACAUAUCCCAAUUGCUGGCCGAAACAUAACAUAUUUUAUACAAUCAUUGUUGCGGGAACGUGAAAUUGGAAUACCACCAGAACAAUCAUUGGAAACUGCAAAAGCAAUAAAAGAACGUUAUUGUUAUAUAUGUCCUGAUAUUGCAAAAGAAUUUGCCAAAUAUGAUAGUGAUCCAUCAAAAUGGAUGAAGAAAUAUGAAGGAAUUAAUUCCAUAACAAAAAAUCCAUUCAGUGUUGACGUAGGAUAUGAACGUUUUCUUGGUCCAGAGAUAUUCUUUCAUCCAGAAUUUUCAAAUCCUGAUUUUACAACACCAUUAUCGGAAAUUGUUGAUACAGUGAUACAAACAUGCCCAAUUGAUGUUCGACGGCCAUUGUAUAAUAAUAUUGUAUUAUCUGGUGGCUCGACAAUGUUCCGUGACUUUGGUAGACGUUUACAACGUGAUAUAAAACGUACUGUCGAUGCUCGUUUAAAACUUAGUGAGAAAUUAAGUGGCGGUCGUAUAACACCAAAACCAAUCGAUGUACAAGUUAUUUCACAUCAUAUGCAACGUUAUGCAGUUUGGUUUGGCGGUAGUAUGCUUGCAUCAACACCUGAAUUUUAUGAGGUGUGUCAUACCAAACAAGAUUAUGAAGAAAUUGGUCCAAGUAUAUGCAGGCAUAACGAAGUAUUUGGAACAAUGACAUAAAUUGAAAUUUUUAAAUGUUGGCAAUUCCCUUUUCCUUUCUUCCUCUUGUUCAACAUCUGCAUUUAUUAAAAAUAAUUUUGAAAAAAGAUAUUAAUAUAAAUUUGUGUAA